AUGGAGGCUUCCAAUACCACCUCCUAUCUCGCCAACUUGCUGGCCCCAAUCCUUCCAGCACUUCCUGCGGCUGCCGUAUCGACCGAGCCGGCUGUAGGCAUCUUGCCGCUGCUCUCGCCUAUACUGAGACAACGGGUGAAUCUGUUCUCUUCGUCCAGCACAGAACCAUGGCUUAAGCUGCUGUGCUACGACACAGGCAAGGCUGCAAAAUUGGCCGAGCUGGUGCUGAGUGGGAGCUUAGAGCCUCACCCUGUCUCGGGAGAGGUCGAGGUUGAUUGGAGUUACGAUUCCCAGACAAGAUACCGGAGGCUGGACCAAGAGACGCUGCAGGCGUUGACAGUCUUGACCGAGCUUGGCCUUGCAUUUCAGCUGGUAUACUGCGUCAACGAUGCUGCAGGCGGUGGCGAUGGAUGGAGAGUUGGGGAGAUUACACUGGCAGACAAGGCCUCUCUCUUUUCGCAGUUCGGCGGCGUCCCAACCAUUGCAGAAGCAGAGGCCAAGUUUCAAGAAGCCAAAACCACCAACCCCACCGUGACCUAUAACAACGGGUCAACCACCAGCAGCGAAGACCUGAUGGAUGACGAUGAUGACGAUGGAUACUGGGACCGUUACGAUGCCACUCCCGCACGCACUCCCGCCAACAAUCGCUCCCCGGCUCCUCAUGCCAAUGCCGGUGCCGGUGCUGCUGCUGCUACCUCCGCAGCUCACUUGGGCGCCUACAACGCCGCUGCGGCCAUGGACGAUGACGACGACGACUAUUAUGCGCAGUACGACGACGUCCAGCCGGCCAUGGACAAUCACGAUCCCGAUGAAGAGGCUCUGCUGCGCGCUCACGUCCAGCCGCCCCUCGGUCUCGGCCGCACCAGCAACGCUGCCGACUCCUUUAUCGUUACAGACCCCAACGAAACCCGAAGCUCCUGGCCGUUUGCCGAUGCAGACAAGGCCAGCAACCACGGUAGCCAAGCCAAAUCCGACCUCCCAACCCCUCAGGAGCUUGCUCUCCUACACCCGCGUCCCGAAUCCAGCGCCAGCUCUAAUGGCUCACAUACCGUCGCCCGGCUCGAAGCCUCCGCCGGCAAGCAGGAGCAAAACGAGUUUGGUGUCAAGCAGCACGUGUCUCGCAGUAUCCGCAGCUUGUACCUUCUUGCCCGGUCGUCGGGCAUUGAGCGAGAGGAGUUUGAGCGGCUGGUGAGGGAGGAGAUGGACGUUUUGUCCCUGGUUGAGGAUCAGGAUUGAUCAAACUACCUAUAUACCCCAGAACAAUUGUGAAGUCACGGAUAUUUGGAUACGGAAUGCAUAUGAUGGAGCAAAUUGGAAAAAUAUGGAAAGUAUACAAAUGGAUACUUGUGAGGGGCCCAAAAGAGAUGGAGUGUGCAUAUGGGGGGAAAUGCUACAAAGCAGAACGUUUACAUUUUUUUCUUCUUUUCUUGGAGAUUUUUGUUUUUACUUUCUUCUACUUUUUUUAUGCUUGAUUCAAGCAUCACAGCGAAACGGCCGGAAGGGGGCUAGGUGCCGAAUGCUGGCGGUGGAUGGCGUUUAUGGGAAGUGGGAUUCGACAAACAGCAAUUGGAUUGCUACUGCAUCAAAGUCGGAGUUGUUGAGCAUACUGGAUGCUCAUCUAUUGUUUUUACCUCUUGGUUUAUUUUCUUCUUCUUUCGGAAGCUAGAAUUCCUCUCAAUUGAUAGGGAAGAUUUUGGUUAUAUAGCAAGGAGAAAUGUAUCACAUGUU